GCCUUUCCUCUGGCACUACUUACUCCUUCUUACUAUAUGCUAGAUUUUUACGCACAACAGGCACACCAAAGCAAUCAUGAAGCCAAUUUCUUUUGUGUUGAUCUUCUUUCUUCUUCUUCUACUCCUUCUAUCCUCAACAUCUGCUCGUCUCUAUCUUCCCCCAAAACAAGAAGAAAAAGAGGUGAAAAGUACUGAUGGUUCAUUCACAGAGAGAAAAGAAGAUGUUUCCACUCUCAUGGGGUUAGAGGAAUAUGAAUGUGAAGAGGGAGAUGAAGAGUGUCUCAAGAGAAGGAUGGUAGCAGAAGCUCACUUGGAUUACAUUUACACCCAACACCAUAAGAAGCCUUAAUAGUUUGAGAUGCCUAAAGUUCAUUACAUGUAUUAUAACAUAGGACUAUAAUUAAGUGUUUAUAUUAAUUAAUUACUCACUUUACCAUAUAAUUAGUCUCAUACCCUCCUUGUAUUGUAACAGUAGAGAUGAUGUUGGUAAAGUUAAUUAAGUGGAUUUCCAUUUUCCAGAGGAAUUAAUACAAGGGAAUCUUUUUCA